CUGACUUGAAAGAAGUUUACCAUUCGCUACAAACCCGUGAAAAAAUAUAAUUUCCACUAUCUAGAGUGAAAAUUUUUGGAGAAAAUUGGUGCAAACUUCGAAACGGUCGAGUAAGUUAAUCAGAUUCGGACGAAUUCGUAGUAAACGUGAGCUUCGUAAUGCUUUAGAGGACUUCUUUUUCUACCAUUUCGCAUCUGCGACCUUGCUGAACAUAAUGACUCGCAAUUGGUGCGUUUUUACGGUUCAAUAAUGGAAUCUGCCGAUGUAUCUGACAACAAAGUAUUCUCUCCGUCUUCUUUAGCUACAUCAAAUCGAUUGCAAAAAGAAUUGUCUAGGUUAACGAUUCCCAUUUUUAAACGUUCAGACGAUUUUAAGGAAUUACCCAACGAUGUAAGUGAACGUGAACCAGCGUCCCCUUUUUUGGAAAAAGAUCAGUACGAUCAUCGAUUGCAGCAACAUACCCACCAAUCUACAUUUUAUUUUCAUAAUACGCCAGUUGGGGACGACAUAUCUCUGGAAAGAGUUAACUUCAAUCUUGCUUGGAGUGAACUUGUUUUGCCGGUGUUUGUUUGCACUGUUGUAGUUAUAGGAAUUCUUACUGUUGGAGCAUUGCUUUUUUUGUGGUUCAAAAACUUAGUUUCUGAGUCCAGAAAAACUACAUUAAUAUCUCCUAUAAAAAUAGAAAAAGGAAAAAAAUCUUUCAGAAUGAGUGAAUAUGAAGCACAACCGGAAGAUGAGACCGUUGCAAAUAACAGCCCUUCUGUGCAAGCAGAGGAUAUAAAUCAAGCAGAAGAAACAGGCGAAAGUCGAGAAAUUUUGCCAAAUGAACUAACACCUAAAGAUUGUACCAGUCCUACACUUGAUCGGAAAAUCCAUAAAACGAAUACAUCUGAUAACUUAUCAGUAGCGUACAGUCAACACAGUCUCAGGCGUGCUCAGGCAAAAACGUCUUUAAAUAAUGUUUCAAUCAUAAAUACAUCACCAAAUGCAUUUUCUUCUCCUUCGCCAACAAUCAAAUCUGCAGGCAAAAAAUUUAGUUUUAACCAAACAAGCUUUUAUGAACAACAGCAACAGCUAUUGCAGUUUAAAGGUUCAUUCAGUGGUAACGCUGAAGAUAACGAAGAGAGUGCAGUGGAAUGUCCAAUUUCCAAAAUAUCCGUACUAAAGGGAGAUGUAUGCUGCGUACAGCCACCGCAACGUCUUUCGGAAUCUCCUCUGUUUGAUACUGGUCGCGUACCGGGAUCUUCAUCAAAAAUUCAUUUUGAAUCGCAUGGGGUGAAACCAAAAUCUGUUAGUGAGAGCCUAUCAGACGAUAAAGAAAAUAUGAUGAAAUGCUCACCAAUGGACCACGUUCCAUCACGAGGUGUUAAAACUUUACGCGGUUCACAUCCAUUCACCGGUGUUGAAUCCUCGGAUAUCCAGAUGCUUUCAAGUAGGAAAGUUCUCACACAAUCGCCUAUAUUUUUUGGAAGCGACCAAAAUUCGCCGAACUAUUACGACUCAUCAUCGUCUCCAACUUUAAUACCAUCACUAACGCCAUCAUCUGUAUCGUCCGCAACAACGACUUAUACUACUCCAAACGCUGCUAUGAACAGCUGUAGUAGUUCAAGUAGUCUCAAUAGAUUUACAUUUUCGCCAAAAAUCGUUAAUGAACUAAGUCAAACUGAAUCUCCUCAAGUGACUGCAAAUCAUCCAUCCAGUGCGAAUGGAAAAUUCGGCAAUUCAUACUUUCGUUUUCCGGAUGUAGAUUCGUUCACUCCACCUACCAGUGCUCAAACAGCAAUUUUAAACAACAAAGGAACAGUUUUUAAAAUACCAUCUCUUGUUACCUCCUGGAUACCGUCUCUGGAUACACCUUCUAGUGAGCCAACAGCUCCUCAAAAAUCUACAGACUCUCAUGCUGAUGGUAUGGAGAGAUUAAAAGAACCAGAAGAAGAAACGAUGGCAACUGAUCAACUUGAUGGAAUAGAGUCCAAUGAGUGUAACACUAGAUCUCGUGAAAGCGCAAAAGUGCUUAUACCUGAUAGCAUUACUUCAACAUCUCGAGCUACAAGGCGAGUUCGUCUCAAAUCGAUUUCUUUGGAUUCUGAAGGGGCUCGUCUUGUUGAAGAGAAUCUCACAACAAGUAUUCCAGUAGAAGAACUUGUUGAAAUUGCCGCUAAUCAACCUCAUCAUUCAGUUUCCGAUAACCAAUUUCAAUCAACAAUGCAGUCAGAAAUAAUGGACUCUAUUGAUGGAAACAGCUGUAGAAAACAACGUAAUAUUUUUAAUCUUACUUUGAAUCUUAAUGAUAAGGAUGAAUCUUUGACGGUUGAUGAUGAUUAUAAGUUCAACGAGUUUUAUUUCGAAUACUACGAUUAUGAUGAUGAUGAAGAUGAGGAAUAUGACCUGGAAUGUGGAAGCGUGGCCAGUCGAAAAAGUCAACAUUCACAAAUUCAAACACCGAGAACACCGACAAUCACACAAACCCGUAAAAAAGCAAGUUCUCUAGAUUCGGAUCAAUCGCUAAACUAUUUACUACCGCAACCAGUAAGGACUCAUAGUGCAAUGGAAAAGGUAGAACACCGUACAAAUACGAGAAAUGUAGUACAUCAUUCUACAUCGCUUAAUACUCAUACAUCUUCGUUGUCUGUACCUACUACCCCAAAACGUCAACCGUAUCGACUGCAACAGCAACAGCAGCACAGCAAAUACAAGCCAAAUCGGUAUAUGGGCGAAAAUGCAACCACUAGUAACAAUAGUCCUGCUUCAGAGCGCCAUUUACUUUGUGGAUUUCAGCAAAGGCUUGGUAGUUUCGAGGAAAACACAGAUAGCUCUAAUACAAAUAUGGAUGACCACAAAUAUAUUGGAGGUAGCAAAGGUAAUCUUUCAAAUUUGACUCUGGUGAAAGAUCACACUUUAAGUAAGUCAAAUGCAAAUCUUAAAACCUUACCUGAAAUAACGCCAGUGUGUGAAUUUACCGAACCAAAUAAUGAACAACUAAUAGUUGAGAAACCACCAACUCAAACUCUCAAUAAAAGCCGAUCUAGCAUAUUACAGAGGAGGGGAUCAAACCAUAGCUUAGUGUUGAACCUGGAAGCUGCUUCAGGAGAUAGCGGUUUGACAAAAGGUUUGUCCGCCUCAAAUUACAGCCUGAGCAACUACAAAGGAUCGCACUUAAGCUUAGCUGGGUCGUCUUAUAACUUGCAACAACAUCAAACACACCACCAAGGACCCAAUAAACCAUCGGGUCAAACAGUUCAAAUAAAGAAGAAUCUGUUGCAACGUCGUGGAUCAAACACUAGCUUAAUCCUGAACCUACAGGGCUCCAGUAACAGCUUAAACCGUUACAACAGUCAUAAUUCUUUAAAUAUGCACAAUCAACAGAAUGUUCGUCCAGCUAAGAAAGGGUUACUUGAACGGCGAAAUUCCAACACAAGUUUAACAUUGAUCAAUGUUCAAAACAGGGCAUUAUCAGUAUCGAACUGUAAUCUCCCGGGAUCGAUUUGUAGUCUCAACAGUAUGGCCACUUACCAAACACAGAACGACGGUCUAAUGUUAGAGGAAGACGAACAUCAGUUGGCUUCAAAUAAUGGCCAAACAAAAUGCCGUGAACAUUCUGCGACGUGUACUGGAAAUGAACCACAUCUUUCACCAAAUUGUCAGCAGCACGGCGGGCGCCGCAAAUUCCUAAGUUCAGAUAGUCUGCAUAACAUUACAAAUACCCGUGCCAGUUGUUGCUGCAAGCAGAAAGAAACCGACAUAAACAACACGAAUAUGUGCUAUCAUCAGACACAAAUCAACAGCCAUAGUGAUUCCAUGGAAGAUUAUAAACAAAACGAGACUUCACGAUCGAAUGAGUGUUCCUGUGUGUCUAAUAUGAACGGCAAAGGAUCCGAAAAACGAGGAAUAGCCGCAAACGAUAUGUUCAAAUACAAAACAACAGUUACAUCAACAGCAUCCACGAACAAUCUUACUCAAUUCACAUGUUGCGAUUGCUGUUGUUGUAAUUGUGCUGAUGCGUUGGCCGGUGGUGUCAAUACUAUGAGCAUUAGUAACACAAAUGUUCGGAAAAUCACUACUAAGCCACUAAGCCCGCAAACUACUAGUGAAGACUUCAAAAUUUAUUUGGCCAACAUACAAUUUCUACAAAACGCUUCUAACAUGCUUUCUGCAACGUACAUGAAAAAUCUUCAUGCUAUAUUCAAAAAAAGCUAUGGAUGUUACGACAAAAACAAAGACGAUAAUGUUUUACCAGGAGCGAACAACGAUGUCAAGUUGACAAAUUUGUCGAUAAUUCCGAAUAUUCCGAAUACGGCCGACGGAACAGAAGCAUGUGCUGCUGGUAAACGAUCCGAAAAUGAAGAGCUCAUUUCUGAGGAAAUGCAAAAACAAAUGACACUUAAGAUUCAUCAAGAAUUUUGGGAUUUACCAUCAAACUACCAAGAAAAGCCAUUGGUUUUUGGUUCACAAUCAAAAAAUCGUUAUAAAACCAUUCUUCCAAAUGAACAUUCAAGAGUCAUUUUGGAAAUAGAACCUGGAAUGUCCGCCGAACCCUACAUUAACGCAAAUUAUAUAAAGGGACCGGAUUAUACCAAUAAUAGCUACAUCGCUACGCAGGGCCCCAUGGUUAAUACCAUAUACGAGUUUUGGCUAAUGGUACAUCAAAACGUCAUGAAAUCAACUGCGCACAACAUUAGCAAACUUUGUUCGGUAGAACAAAAGAUUAUUAUGCUAACGGAUUUCGUGGAAAAUAACCGACAAAAAUGUUCCGUAUAUUUUCCUCUAGAAAUCAACGAAUCUGUCGUAUUUAGUAACUUAGCGAAUAUAAGUGUAGAUACAGUAUUAUCAGCCACCGAAUCAAUCCUUACUGAACUGAAAGACAAUUCAGAAACAAAAAUAUGCAAGGCAGCAGAUCCAAGCAUUAAUUUUAAUUACUUCCUCAUUACUAACGUUGCAAUAUGCCGCAAAAACGGUUAUACAAUGCGUGAAUUAUUUGUUGUGCAUUCGUACCAGAAUCCCGUAGAACAGCAGGAAAUUCGAGUCGCUUACACAGUACAUCACUAUUGGUUCCCAGACUGGCCAGAUCAUCGUUCUCCAGAAGAUAUCGACGUAUUGUUGGAUAUGAGUUUAGACAUCUUAGAUAACAAUUGUAUGAAGGACUUCAGUAAAGAGCCGACCAAUGAAAGAAUACGUUCCCUUCCUAUCAUACACUGUUCAGCAGGAAUAGGUAGAACAGGAUGUUUAUUAGCUAUACUAAAUGGGUUGAGUCAGAUUCGAUCAUCGUUGAAUCCCAAUAAAUCUCCCUGUGUAGUCAAAGGUACAGAAGCUUCUGGAGACAAAACAAAGUUCCCUUUGGUGCCAACAGAAAAUCAAACUCUUUUAUCCCAGUCAACUAUCAAUGAACAGGCGAGUGUAGAUGUACUUGGUAUUGUUUGUAAUUUAAGGCUUCAACGCGGAGGAAUGGUGCAGAACUCAGAACAAUACGAACUUAUACAUAGGGCUUUAUGUUUGUACAUGCAAAAGCAUAAUCUUCAAAAGUAAUUGUACUUUGCUGGAGAUAUUUAUUAGAUACGAAGAUGACUCAUAUUGUUAUUAUAUACACAAUGACAACUCACCAAAGAAUUUUAUGAUUCCUAAGUUUAGAACAGUAAGAGUAUAUUUUCAUAUUUUUUGCCGGAGUACUACAAAUACCAACUUUUAAAUUCUGAUAGCAAAAUUUGUAAUACUCUUCGAGGUAUAAAAAUUUCAAAAUAUGUGGAGUUGAUUGAUACACAUUUGUUGUAAAAUAAACAGUAUUGGAUAUAAA